CUCCAUCUCACAAUGACUACGAGACACAACCACACUGCCUUUCCCUGGCUCUUGUUGCCUGCAGACAUCCGUCUCUUGGUGCUCGACGAAAUUUCAGGCCAGAAAAAUCGUGGCUGGGCGCAAGGCGCAGCCGUCUGCAAAGAAUGGCAGGCCGUUCUUGAACCCAAAAAUUUCUCCCAACUAACAGUGCAGCUAUCCUGUCUCGAUGGCCUGGAAACCCUCGUUAUCCGACAAAGGCCUCUUGUCCGGCGCAUCUGUUUCUACAUCGAGCUUCCUCGAUACGGCUGUCACGCUUGUUAUCGGAGCAAAGCCACGUACGGCCAGACGUCCGCCCUGUUUAGGAAGGCUAUCCUAAGGCUUUUUUCUAUCCUGAGUACCUGGCAGCCUGCAGGUCAGCUGAUACUCGAGCUGAGCGCGUCUUCACCGAGUGAUUCACAACACUGGUUCAAGAACUACUGCUUCGGACCCGGCCACGAAGACACAACAGACUGGACCGAACAGGAAAGAGCUCUCAGAUGGCACGACCCAAAGCACGGCUGGAUUGCUGGCUAUCAGGCUGAACUCCCUGAUCCAGAAGCUUUUUUGCGCCUCUUCUCUCCGCUCUGUUCCAGCGUUCCCAAAACUCUUCCUAUCGUUCAGGCCGUGACCAGCUUCUGCAUACGUCGACAACUUCGACACGAGCUUUUUCCGCGCGUACUGGAGGCCUUGUGGGAGAAGCUGCCUCGGCUGGAAAGUAUCGUGUACGAGCUGUGGCGUGCUAGACGACACUUCUAUUAUAUGCACAUGCAGUCUGAACUAGCCUCCUUAUUCGAGUCCAGUGUUCCAAAACACGUCAAAAGAGUGUCCAUCUUCAGGGACUUCAACGACCAACUCACACUGGCAUCAUACAAUGACCAACUCACCCUGGCAUCGCACAACGCCACGAUACAUCUGAAUCUAGACUCAGAUGUCGGAAUCAUCCCGGCUGUGCCUCUUAGGGUAACCAGAGCGUUUGCAGCCAGAAGCCCUCAUCUGGAACACCUAUCUAUUUCACACAUGAUCGACGCCCAGCUGUUCUUCACCUUGUGCCAGUGUCCCUGGCCUCUCCUGCAGUCGCUGACCCUCACAGCAUCAACACUGGCUCGCAGGGCUCCGCGCCAACACAUCUACACGCUGCUGCGAAACGCCAGUACGACUGCACUGACGAUGCCGCGGCUCAGCACCAUGGUGCUCUGGAACAGCGAGCCGAGACACGCCUGCGCGCUGAUGUACCAGCGACACACUGCCAGCGCUAUGGCCACACUGACAUGGCGCGGCACAUGGAACCUCGAGCUCCCUGAGGAUGUCGUCGCGUCCUGGAAGAAGGUCGCUGGGCUCUGCUACCUGCGGCUGGAGAAGGAAGCAUUGCACGACGUUGAUAUCAGGUCCCACGGCGAUGCGAUUCAUCACCUACGCUUGCCAGACGGGGUUGCUGAUCCAGUGUCGCUGUACCAGAUACGCCAUGAGGGAAUGCUGGGAGUGGUCUGA